AUGUCUUCGCAUCGUGAGCGGCUGACGCGUUUUUACCAGAAAUACAACGCUGACAAGCUGCACGAGAUCGAUAGUGUGCUAGAGCGCUUUAAAGGUCGCGAGACUCAGCUUUUUUUGACGCUAGUGAAGAAGUAUGGCACUGAACCCGCUGAAAACGAGACGUUCGAGACCGUAGAAGAGACUACAAAGGUCAGUGAUGCGUCUUGUACUCCUUCUUCAAACUUGGAUCAAGUGCAAGAUAUGAAUUAUCAAAGACUACUGGCGUUUUAUCAAAAGUACAACCCUGAAAAGGUCGACGACGUGCCUCAGGUGCUUGUCAAGUACAAAGGCAAAGAGUCCAUGCUAUUCGACGCGCUAGUCAUGAAAUAUGGACCAGAACCGGGUGACUCAGUCUCUGAGGAAGAUUCAGAUGAAGACGUGGAAUUACAAAGCGAUGAUGGUGAACCUAAGCUUCGUGACGUACUUUAUUGUCCCAUUGACACAUUACCACCCGAAUACUGCGAAUACGGUCCCAUGUUCAAUGAGUGCAAACCAUGGUUGGCUGAGCACUGUCCAGAUCUGAUGCUCACAAGGUAUAAUCGCACAGUAAGCGAGCUUUUGCAAGUCGAGCAACAAAUCGCUGACGGUGUGGAAGGCAUUACGCUUGAAGUGGAAGGCAAGACUGUCAAGAAGAAAAAGAAGAGUAAGAUCGAGGAGGCAGCAAAAAGAAAGGAGAAUUGUAUGGUGACCAUUUCCAAAAGCUCGCGCAAAGGUCGUAAGCGACUUACAUUUGUGACCGGUCUCGAGGAUUUUGAAGGUGUAAACAUCAAAGAAGCUUGUAAAAGCAUGGGCAAGAAGUUCGCCUGCAGCUCCUCGUUAUCAACGACGGACCAAGGGCAACAACAAAUUCAGCUGCAAGGCGACUGUGUAACGGAGCUAUUAGAAUUUUUGCCCGAGAUGUUUGGGGUGCACGAGGACCAGAUUAGUGUGAUUGAUGAGCCAAUUAAAGCUCCUAAAAAGGGUAAAAAGUAA